UCACUCCCCGCACUGAGAAAGCCGAACAAAAAGAAAUAUCCCGCUAUUUUUCCGAAGAAGAUAAUAAAGAAAUAAAUUAGACGUAUUCUUUGGAAAAAGGGAGAAAAAAGUAGAAGCGGGGGGGAGAGAGAGAGAGAGAGAGAGAGAGAGAGAGAGAGAGAGGAGGGCGUGGUGAAAAGAAGGGGAUAAAGGUUUGCUCGAAUCUUCGUCGGAUCGCUUUCGAAUCUCUGAUCCCUUUUCAUCGUGCGGUGCUCGGCGUGGGGGGAUUUGGGGGCGAAUCGGACGUGAUGAAAAUGGUGGUGGAUCCGAGGAUUUCUUAGGGGUUUGGGGUCGAUUUAGGGUUUGAGCGGCGGAGCAUGGCGGCGGAUCUAGCGGAGUAGCGGCGGAGCUCGCGGCGGCGGCAAUGGCAAUGGCUGCGGCGAGGGAGGCGGCGGCGGCGUGGUUUCUGUGGCUAAUCUUGGUGUUCCACCCCCUUGCCAGGGUUCGUGCGAACAUGGAAGGUGAUGCUUUGCAUAGCUUACGGACCAACUUGAAUGAUCCCAACAAUGUGCUGCAAAGUUGGGAUCCAACGCUCGUUAAUCCGUGCACAUGGUUCCAUGUUACAUGUAACAAUGAUAAUAGUGUCAUCAGAGUCGAUCUUGGAAAUGCAGCACUGUCUGGUACGUUGGUUCCGCAGCUUGGUGAGCUGAAAAAUCUGCAAUACCUGGAACUUUACAGUAAUAACAUAAGCGGUAUAAUACCUAGUGAACUUGGAAACCUUACAAACUUGGUGAGCUUGGACCUGUACUUGAACAACUUUACAGGGGAAAUACCUGAUUCAUUGGGAAAUCUGUCAAAACUACGCUUCCUCCGGCUUAACAACAACAGCCUUUCUGGUCCAAUACCCAAAUCUCUAACCAAUAUCAGUGCCCUCCAAGUGCUGGAUUUGUCAAAUAACAAUUUAUCUGGAGAAGUUCCAUCCACUGGAUCCUUUUCAUUAUUUACCCCAAUCAGUUUUGCUAACAACCCUCUUUUAUGCGGUCCGGGUACCACUAAACCCUGCCCUGGUGCUCCCCCCUUUUCUCCACCUCCUCCAUAUAAUCCUCCAGUACUAGUACAAUCACCAGGAAGUAGUGCCUCCAGCACUGGAGCAAUCGCUGGGGGAGUUGCUGCAGGUGCUGCGCUUUUAUUUGCUGCUCCCGCUAUUGGGUUUGCAUGGUGGCGCCGCCGCAAGCCACAAGAGCAUUUCUUUGAUGUACCUGCUGAGGAGGAUCCAGAAGUUCAUCUUGGCCAGCUCAAAAGAUUCUCGCUGCGAGAGCUGCAAGUUGCAACUGACGGCUUCAACAAUAAGAAUAUCCUGGGAAGAGGCGGCUUCGGAAAGGUCUACAAAGGGAGGCUUGCGGAUGGAUCAUUGGUAGCAGUAAAGAGACUAAAAGAAGAACGCACACCUGGUGGGGAGCUUCAGUUCCAGACAGAAGUGGAGAUGAUCAGUAUGGCUGUACACAGAAAUCUACUCCGUCUUCGUGGGUUUUGCAUGACGCCCACUGAGAGAUUGCUUGUCUAUCCCUACAUGGCUAACGGAAGUGUUGCUUCAUGCUUACGAGAGCGUCCUCCAUCUGAGCCACCGCUUGAUUGGCCGACACGAAAACGAAUUGCAUUGGGAUCUGCGAGGGGACUAUCCUAUUUGCACGACCAUUGUGAUCCCAAGAUUAUUCACCGUGAUGUGAAAGCUGCAAAUAUCUUACUGGACGAAGAGUUUGAAGCGGUGGUGGGGGAUUUUGGCUUGGCGAAACUUAUGGAUUACAAGGAUACCCAUGUAACAACUGCUGUCCGUGGAACGAUUGGGCACAUUGCUCCAGAGUACCUUUCCACAGGAAAGUCUUCUGAAAAAACUGAUGUUUUUGGGUAUGGGAUCAUGCUUUUGGAGCUCAUUACUGGACAAAGGGCUUUUGAUCUUGCUCGGCUUGCAAACGAUGAUGAUGUCAUGUUGCUUGACUGGGUAAAAGGUCUUCUGAAGGAGAAGAGACUGGAAAUGCUGGUGGACCCAGAUCUACAAAACAACUACGUGGAGGCUGAGGUGGAAUCACUUAUCCAGGUCGCACUGCUUUGCACACAGGGAUCUCCAAUGGACCGGCCUAAAAUGUCGGAAGUGGUGAGAAUGCUCGAAGGCGACGGCCUUGCUGAGAGAUGGGAGGAAUGGCAGAAAGUGGAGGUGGUGCGACAGGAAAUUGAGAUGGCCCCACACCGCCCUUCUGAGUGGAUUGUUGAUUCAACUGACAACCUUCAUGCUGUUGAACUGUCCGGUCCAAGGUGACAAAUCAUCAUCAUGUGUGUUAUAAAUUAUUUUUAUCUUCUAAUGUUGUGUUCUCGAUAAGCCCAUUAUUUAUCCUAGUGAAAUUUUUAUUGUGCAAUUGAAUCAGUGGGCCAAAAUGUAUGAUCUGCAGUAAUUUAUUGAUGUCGUGUAAUUUUUUCUCGCUUUCUUCUUCCUUUUCUUUUUUUCCCCCCUCAUUAACAUCUCGUCGUUCGUUAUCUUGCUGAAGGCAAAUAGCUGGACCGAUAAUAUACUCCCACAUUGCAGCAACAUAUUACUCCCACAUUGCAGCAUAUGUUGCGUCGGUAUAUGUAUCUACACAUUUUGUUAGUGCUUGAACAUUGAAGACAUUUCGUACUCGCAUGGGCUUAUCUAUGGUAGUACUACCAAAUCAUAAUUGGCUUUUUUGUAAUAAUCAAUAUAAUUUGGUUAUACCUGUCGGCAAUACCAGCUGUUUUUCUCAAUGCA